AUGGUAAAUCCAACUCCAAAUACUGAUAAUCUUGUGAAUCAAAAUUGGCCACCUUUUGAUCAGACGACUCGAACUUAUUUAGAAAUUGGAAAAGAAUUGACGGUUAAGAAUGAACCAAAUAGAUUGGAGGAAUUGCAUAACUUCCAGUUGUUAUUUGCAUUGAAAUCAUUUAUGAAAAUCUCAGGGAAUUUCAAAGAAUAUUGA